UGCUAUCGAUCCGAUCUGAAGUCACGGAUGUGCGUAGGAUUUUACCUUUGAAGGCUUAAGAGUUUCUGAUUUUACUUAUAAUCGUUGGCAACAUUUAAUGCUUGUUUUUCUUCGGGAAGUUUCGAAAUUUUGAAUCCGUUUCAGUAGAUGACAACCUUUAAUAUUGCUAGUUUGGUGCGAAUCUUUGCUGUUUUGAAUUUUAAAAUCGCGUUUAUUUGAUAAUUUUUGAGUGCAGAUAUCGUUUCAGUGAAAUGCCGCUUUCUCAUUUUGAUGAAAGAAGUGGAAUUGUUGAUGUUAAAUCUCCAUGGGGUCGUUGGUGGCAGACAGUUGCAGAGGUAUUUGUGGAAGUCAAUAUACCUCCUGGUACUCCUGGCAAAGAUUGUAAAGUGAUUAUACAACCAAAACACAUCGAAUGUCGUGUCAAAGACAAAGUAAUAUUCAGUGGGAAUCUUUUCAAAACUGUCCAAGCCGAUGAAUGCACUUGGAGUGUUGAAGAGCGACAAAGAAUUCUCAUUCUUUUGGAAAAAGCUGAAAAGUUCGAAAGUGAAAAUCUCUGGGUUAGUUUAUUAGAUCAUCAAUUUCUGGCAGAUCCUUUAACACAGAAUUCAAUGUUAAAAAAACUGGAUUUGGAGAAGUUUCAAAUGGAACAUCCUGGUUUUGAUUUUAGUGGUGCCGAUUUGUCCAAAUGUUAUGAAAACCCUCCAUAUCUUCCAGAAUAGUUUUUUUUUUUUUAUUAAAAUUCUUUUUGUUUUAUUUUUUGCUUUUUUAAUUUAUGAUUACUAAAAGUAUAUGAACAAUCUCAUAUAUAAAAGGCGAUAUAUGUGAAUGUUAUUUCUUUUUCAUUGUUUGAGGAUUCAGUCCUAUGAAUUUAGAUACAGCUGUUUACCUGGUAUUCAGUGAUUUUUUUGAGUUCAGUGUAUCAUUGAUUGUUCAUUUUAAAAUUGCAGAGUAUAGCUUCUUUCCUAUGGAAAACUGUUCUGCAAUUUUGUAUUCAUUGAGUGAUAAAUAUUACUUUAGUUCUUAUGAAAAAUCCUACUUUGAUAUAUAUAUUCAUCUUCAACUUAGCAAUUCUGAUUUUUAAAAAUACAAAGACUUGAUUCCAUUCUGUAUAUUACACAUUUGUAAAUAUUUAGUUUAAUGUAAUUGCACUAAUACGAGUUAUUAUACAAUAAAAUAUAA